AUGGCAGAUGAUCUCCGACGUCUUUCUAAACAAAAGCGCAUGUUAUGGAGUUUGCUGGAAAGCAUAGAAGAUUUCCUUGUUGGCUACGACGACAACCAAGAUCAAGGAGCACUGCACCCACGGCUGGCCAAAUUGGACGAAGCUUACGACAGAUUCUCUGAUUUACACAUUCAGAUGGAAAUGCUUUUAGAUGACAUCGAAGCCGAAAACGAUUCUGUAGACGAUGGCAAACAGGAAACCCGAAAAAAGGAACACAAGCACGCAUUCAAAGAGUUUGUUAACCAGUACUUUUCGUUGAAACAGCAGCUGUUAUCUAAAAUGGAUCCGACCCCUGUUCGAUCGAGUGGCCACCAAUCUAGUGUUUCCGAAUCAGUUUUGACGUGUCACACGAAGUAUCCUGAGCUGACGCUCCCAAUUUUCUCCGGAAAGCUUUCGGAUUGGAUCAAUUUUCGAAACAAUUUUAGAUCGCUGAUACACGACAACAAGCUGCUGAAUGAUAUGGAUAAAUUCAAUUAUCUGCGAACCUCAUUGAAAGAAGAUGCACUACUUCAAAUAAACCAGAUCCAGGUAUCAGCGAUCAACUACAGUUUGGCUUGGAGCAUUUUAGAGGCAAAAUAUGAAAAUCACAAGCUGAUAGCCCAGGAGCACUUACAAGCCCUUUUUGCAGCGCCUGUCAUGCGCACAGAAUCUUUUGAAUCUUUGAAUGCCCUGUUAUCAACAUUCAAGAUUAACCUUCAGCAGUUAGAAAAAUUGGGUCAACGUACAAACAGUUGGAGUACACUGUUGGCGUUCAUGCUCUCGCAGAAGUUGGACUCAACAACACACCGUCUUUGGGAAACACACCAUGCUUCUAAAAACGUGCCUUCCUACGAAGCUAUGGUUACAUUUCUGGAAAAUCAGUGUUCAAUUCUGCAAUCAACUGCCUGUCGAAGUGUAAAUGAUGAAAUAAGGAAUUCAAGAGCUCUCAUCAGCCACAGCACGAUCGCGUCAGAAGGGUUUUGCCCUAUCUGCAUAAAUGAACCGCAUUUGAUCGAACAAUGCUCAAGAUUCUUUAGGAUGAGAGUGAUCGACCGGAAAGAUUUAGUACGGAGAUUGAAACUUUGCCUUAAUUGCCUGGACUCAGGACAUUUCGUCGCAGAAUGCUCGUGUAGUUCAUGUUCAAAAUGUGGACAGCGUCAUCACUAUAUGUUACAUCCAUAUUCUCCGAAUCAAAACAGUCAGUGGAACAUGAAUACCUAUCCUCAAGCCCCACGAAGACCUCAACGCGCGAAUAGUCAAUCAAGAAACGAACUUUAUGUUCAACACGACCAGUCUCGAACGAAUAACGAUCAACCUUCACAAAACAAUUCCCAAUCAACACAACAGCCACCUCCCACAAACACACCAACUGUUAGUCACCACACUACUCUACUAAGUACACAACAGAACACCCCCACUGCCAUCCUAUCUACAGCCAUUGUUAUGCUAGCCGAUAGUAGCGGAAACACUGUUUUAGCACGUGCAUUACUCGAUAAUGGAUCUCAUAUCUGUUUGAUGACUGAGAAAUUAUCUCGGAAGCUAGAGUUCGAACGUAUUCAGGAAAGUCUUCCCAUAACCGGUGUAGGAGGUUCCACUAAUAUUUCAAAAGAAUCCGUUAUUGCUCGUAUAUUGUCACGUACAUCGUCGUUUGAAACUGCCAGAAUGAAAUUCUUUGUGCUCCCUGAAGUAACAAUAAACUUGCCCCAGACAAGCUUGGAUGUCAGUACCUGGAAACUCCCACCAUCCAUGAGCUUAGCAGAUCCAACGUUCAACGAAUCAAGCUCAGUUGAUAUGGUGAUCGGAGUUGCCACCUUCUACGAUUUAUUGAUAGCGGAAAAGAUAAGGAUUACAAAUGCCGGCCCAGUUCUACAGAAUACCCGACUAGGAUGGAUUGUCGCAGGGAAACUAUCAGAACCGCUAGAUACUUCAUGCAGCUCCAUAUCGUCUGAAGUUUUUCUAGAACUACCUGCACAGGAUUCGUUUAGUUUCGAUCUACCAUAUUGGAGAUUUGUCUUCUUUGUGUUCUGGCUUGUCUCGUUUGUUGGAACCUGCUUGCUUGGCCUUCACAUCUUUGUUGGAUCAAAAAUUGUCCAAGUUAAAAUGUCUCUCCAAGUGUUUUGGAUGCAAAAGCUUUCUUGGAACGAAUCAUGGAAAACUGAACUCCAUCUCUGUGGAUUGAAGUUCAAAGACAAAAUGGAGAGAUUCUACAAAUUAUCGAAUUAUCGAUGGAUCACAUUCCGCAAGGAUGUGAUAGCAAGCGAUAUCCAAAGAUCCGACGAUACUACUGACAGGCGUAACGAAGCAGCUGAUACACUACUCACCAACACCACUAGCAGAUACGUCCCGCGAAUUUUACACCCCGCUACAGUCAAUUUGACACAAUAUGGAAAUCCAACGGAGCAUCAGUAG